UGGCAAUGUCUUACAUCACAACAUGCAAACUUUCACUUAGAUUUUCUUCUGAAAUAGUUAUGUGGAGUUCCCCAAUAUAAUUAUGGAUUACUUACAGAUACCAGAUGGGCAAUAUACCAAAACUAUUUACACAAUGAUCAAAGAAUGUAGAUACGAAGAAGCUAUAAAAACCUUGAACGACGCGAUGAACUGUAACCCAAAUAGAGCCGGUCUCUCCUUGCUUGGAUACUGCUAUUAUAGACUUCAGUCAGUUGUAGAAGCUGCCAACUGCUACGAGCAGCUGUCGGCUAUGCAUCCCGAAGUACCAGAGUAUAAACUCUACUUUGCCCAGUCGUUACAUGAAGCCUCAAUGUUCGAUGAAGCUUACAAAGUCACAUUACAAAUUUCGGCGCCCGAGUUAGAAAAGAAAGUUACAAAACUUCAAUCAGCUAUCAAAUACGGAGAGGAAGACACUAUUUCUGCAAAAAAUUUAGUAGACUCCUACCCUCACGAUGAUCCUGAUAAAGAUAUUAAUCUUGGGUGCUUGCUAUACAAAGAGAACCAGUAUGAAGAGGCUUUAGUUAAGUUUUCUAGAAGUUUAAACAUAUUAGGCUUUAAUUCACACCUUCACUAUAACAUUGCUUUAUGUUACUUUAAGCUUAAAGAAUAUCCUCAAGCCCUUAAACAUAUUACUCUAGUGAUUGAAAAAGGAAUUCGAGAUCACCCUGAGCUGUCUGUUGGAAUGCAAGCAGAAAAUUCUGAAGUCAAGUCAGUUGGUAAUUCACUAAUACUACAUGAAACAGCACUCAUAGAAGUGUUUAAUUUAAAAUCUGCAAUCGAAUAUCAAUUAAAAAACAUAAAUGCAGCCAAAGAAGCCCUAUCAGAUAUGCCUCCAAGGCUAGAACAUGAAUUGGAUGCUGUAACUCUUCACAAUAUUGCUCUAACUUCAAUGGAUAUAAAUCCUACUGAUGGAUUCGAAAAAUUACAUUUCCUGCUACAACAAGAUCCGUUUCCAUUUGAAACAUUUGCAAAUCUACUUAUAUUGUAUUGCAAAUUCGAAUACUAUGACUUAGCUGCAGAUGUUCUGGCUGAAAAUGCACAACUUACGUAUAAAUAUCUCACACCGUAUCUUUACGAUUUUCUUGAUGCUAUAAUAACUAGCCAAACGUCACCUGAAGAAGCCUUUCAGAAAUAUGAAGACAUUGCCUCAAAGCAUACAGAACAAUUAAGAAAAUUAACUAAAGUAGUGCAAGAAAGUCGUUCCCAUGGGGACAACGACCAAGUCAAAAAAGCCGUAGUAGAAUAUGAAGAAACACUUGAGAGGUAUAUUCCAGUUGUAAUGGCUCAAGCAAGAAUCUAUUGGGAUAAAGACAAUUAUGGACAAGUUGAAAAGAUUUUCCGAAAAUCUGUGGAGUUUUGUAACGAAUCUGACGUUUGGCGAUUAAAUGUAGCACACGUGUUAUUCAUGCAAGAAAACAAAUAUAAAGAAGCUGCUAGUUUUUAUGAACCUAUAGUCAAGAAGCAAUAUGAUAAUAUAUUAGAAAUAAGUGCUGUUGUAUUAGCAAAUCUUUGCGUUUCAUAUAUUAUGACGUCACAAAACGAAGAAGCUGAAGACAUUAUGAGAAAAAUCGAAAAAGAAGAAGAACAGCAAAUAUUUGAGGAUCCAGAAAAGAAGUUUUAUCAUUUAUGCAUAGUAAAUCUUGUGAUUGGCACGUUAUAUUGCGCUAAAGGUAAUUACGAGUUCGGUAUCUCAAGGGUUAUUAAAUCACUUGAACCGUUCAACAAGCGUCUGGGCACUGACACAUGGUUUUACGCAAAAAGAUGCUUUCUAUCUUUUCUUGAAAAUUUAGCGAAACAUUUAAUUGUAGUAAAGGAUAAUACUAUAAAAGAGUGUUUACAGUUUCUAGAAGGAUGUGAAAUUUACGGCCGACACGUGAGUACUGUGAUAGAAAGCUCAUACUCAGACGACGCCAACAACAAAGCUAAGCAAACGGUCACGUAUGAAGCUCGUCUGCUUCGUUACAUGUUCUAUAAGUUACGCAGCAUCGAUGAUUCGGUUACUAUAAAUAAGUAUGAAGACUUAAAAUAAAUAAAGCUUAUUUCAUUCAAAUAUUUUUUUUGUGGAUUUGAAGUACUGACUACUAGCGAGCGUACGGGUCAUCUGAUGGUAACUGAUCCAGCUAGAAGCACACAGAACCGAAUGUAUAAGGUGAAAUUACAG